AUUAUUAACAAAAGUUAAUUAGUACUAAUGGAGCUGUUUUAUGAUGCUAAAGCUGUAAGAUUUAGAAGCCAUUUAAACAAAUACUUAGUAGCUGAUGAUGAUCAAAGAACUAUCCGGCAAAGCCGGAACGGCUUAUCUAGAAAAGCUCGGUGGCUGGUGGAGCUUGCAGACCCCGAAAACAGCCACCUUAUACGGCUGAGAAGUAGCUCCGGCAUGUACCUCACUGCUUCUGACGAGCCGUUCCUUUUGAGCCUAACAGGAGAAAAGAAGGUUCUUCAAACAUCACCGGAAAAUAUGGAGGAUGUGAAGAUUAUGUGGGAACCAUUAAGGUAUGGAUUUCAAGUGAAGUUAAGAGGUUAUGGAGGAAAAUUUUUGAGUGCAAGUGGAGGGACACUAAGAUGGAGCAAUAGAGUUACUCAUGAUAGUCCUCAUAGUGCUACUACACAUAAUUGGAUUUUGUGGAAUGUUGAACCUGUCGAUGUACCGGAAGAUGAGUCGUUGACGGAUUAUUUGACGAUGGUUUCAAACUUUUCAUCGGUUUCCGAUGAACUCUCUACCUUAGAUUUGGGUUCUCCCAUGUCUAUGCAUUCAAGUCUCUCUUUCUCACCUAAGAGUCCUCUAACUAGAAGACCAGCAAUGGAGAUUUUCCAAAAAGCAAAAGCCGUUCGUCUACAGAGUCGCCAUUACAAGUACUUAACAGCUUUGGAAGACGGAGAAUCCGUCACCCAAGACCGUAAUGGAGCUUCACAAAAUGCAAAAUGGACUGUUGAAUUUGUCGAGAAAACUGACAAUGUUAUCCGCCUAAAAAGCUGUUAUGGCAAAUACCUCACAGCAUCUAAUCAGUCUUCUCUUCUUGGUAUGACUGGUCGGAAAGUCCUGCAGACUCUGCCUAAUCGACUUGAUUCUUCAAUUGAAUGGGAACCCAUCAGAGAAGGGAAUCAAGUGAAGCUUAGGACUCGAUAUGGGCAAUUUUUGAGGGGUAAUGGUGGAAUUCUUCCAUGGAAAAACACUGUGACUCAUGAUAUUCCAUAUCAGACGGCUACACAAGAUUGGGUACUUUGGGAUGUUCAUGUUGUUGAAAUCUUGGGUGAUUCCUCUGUUGUUCCUAAGAGGCCAUCACCAUUAGGUCUUCCUUCAGAUUCAUGUGCUUCUGAAUCUACAUCUACCUCUGUUGUUUCCUCAGAAUCCUCAAGCUUAUCUAGACAAGAGUCAAGUGAUUCUUUUGCUAAGUUGGGAGAUGGGAGGUUUAUAUUUUACUAUAUUGCUGAUGAAUUUGGAGAAAUUGAUGAGAAAAUGGAGGAACUUUGCAUAACCUUUGAUGGAAAUACUGUUGAGGAGCUAACUAAGACGUUGGAGGAUGCAACAGGGCUUGACGAAAUUAUCGUGUGUACUAAGAGUCCUUUGAAUGGGAAGCUUUAUCCUCUCAGCUUGCAACUUCCACCCAACAAUACAACUAUGAAUGUUGUUGUAUUGCCAUCUUCAUCUAAAGGUGAGGCUUUUUACUUGUCUUGA